CUGGAGUGUGUGGUUGUAUAUAGGGACACGCUUCAUGAAUCAAAUACGUGGCAUGCGUUGAGUGGAUCUUACCUGCAGCUGGAUGAUUCUCUCCAUUUUUUCAGGGAAGAGUAUUUCAUACACUGCGAUCUGCGACCUGAACGGCUGAACACACCAGCGCCCAGAUCGAGUCCCUCAGUUAGUUGCUAGCUUCCCUCUUGAGGACCCGCCGGCGACCGGCCUCGGGAGGAAAAGAGAAUCGAUCAAUGGGCGCCAAGGAGGAGGUGAAGGUGCUGGAGUCCUGCCUUGUGAUGCCCGGCGAGGAGACGCCCACGCAUGGCCUAUGGCUUUCCCCGCUCGACCUCGUGCUCGCCGGCAGAGGCCACACUCCGGCUGUCUACUUCUACCGCUUCGUGUCUGGCUCGACCGGCGACUUCUUCGACGUGGCUAAGCUGAAGGCGGCCAUGGCUAAGGCUUUGGUUGCCUUCUACCCCUUGGCCGGCCGUCUCCGUGUGGAUGAUAGCGGGCGGACGGAGAUCGACUGCGCUGGUCAGGGUGUACUCUUCGUCGUUGCUCACUCGGACUUCGCCGCUGACGACUUCAACGACUGCCAGCCGUCGCCAGAGCUAAGGAAGCUCUUUGUUCCCCACAUCGAUGGAUCGUCGGGCAUUGUAUUCGGCGUCCAGGUGACGUUCUUAAAGUGCGGUGGGGUGGCCUUAGGUACAGCGCUGCACCACGUCGCCGCCGACGGCGUCAGUGCGUUCCACUUCUUCCAGACGUGGUCUGCGUUUUCCAGGAACAACGGCGAAAAUGUCACCACGACACUGGAUCUCCCAUGCCACGACCGCACCCUCCUCCGUGCACGUUGUCCUCCUGUCGUCCACCCCGACUCUCUCGACGUGUUCUAUCCCUUCAAGAUAAACCCAUGUGAGCCUUUGGGGCCUAUCAUCAACAAGAUUUUUGCCAUCUCCGACGAUCAGGUUGACGCUCUUAAGCGUGCCUGUGGUGGUGUUAGCACCUUUUGCGCUGUGACCACCCACGUCUGGCGGUGCUUGUGCGCCGCUCGUCAGCUGCCAUCGGACACCACGACACGGCUCACCUUCACGGCUAACGUCCGUGGCAGAAUGAGGCCGCCGCUCCCGGCCCACUACUUUGGUAACGCGAUUAUUUGGCUGACCUCUGCCGGCAAGGUACAUGAUGUUGCCUCGCCAUCGAAAGAGAUGAUGGCCUCUGUCGCUAGCCGGAUCAGAGGCACCAUCCGCCGAAUGGACGAGGAGGUCGUCCAUUCGGCAAUCGACUACUUGGAGCAGCAGGAGACGGGCAACAAGCCGGCCCCGCCUUCUGGCAACAGCUUGUCAAAGACUGAGCUGAGAGUGGUCAGCUGGCUAGGCAUGCCCGUGUAUGAUGCAGAUUUUGGAUGGGGGAAGCCUUUGAUGAUGUUGCGCGCCGUGGUUCCACGUGCAGGGGUCGUAUUCCUCAUGGACGGCGGGCGGGGGGACGGGAGCGUGCACAUCCUCAUUUGUAUGGAGACUGCAAUUCUCACUGACUUCCAACGACUGUUGUAUGCACCAGUUUAGUAUCUUCUUGGCGAUGCAGAUGUCGAGAGAGUAAUAAAAUCUUCUUGCAGAAGGUUUGUUGUUUCAAUUUGCGUGAAGAUUUUUUGCUUGCAUUUUAUUCCACACAUCUCAACUCACUCCAUAUCGAAUUUGUAACACCCUGUAUUUUGUACCAAGAGAAAUAACAAAAGACAAACGAAUUACAUUUGGUUUAUAA